CGUAAUCUGCUUCCCAAUUAUCUUGCAAUUGGCCGAUUUCGUUGCGUCUCAAAGCCAUGGAAAUCUCUUCUAACCCAACCCCACUUCAUCAAAACCCACCUCGAUCGAACCAAACAUCUCCUCAAAGAAGAACAAUCACUAAUCUUUGUUUCCGAUGAUGAUGGUUCGCUCUAUUCUGCCCAGCUGAACAAUGCCCACCACAUGUUCGACGAAAUCACCGUUUUUGCUACCAAGCUCAAUUUUGAUGAUCACUACUUUUAUCCUUCAAAACUUAGUGAUGUGACUUCCUGUGAUGGGUUGAUUUUGAUGAAUGGAUCAGGCAAGUCUGUUUUAGUAAACCCGACUACAAUGGCAAUCAAGGAAUUACCUGUCUCACCUUGUACUCUUGAACCUAAUGCUAGUAUCACCUUAUAUGGAUUUGGGUAUGAUACAGUUAAUGAUGAUUAUAAGGUUGUUACUGUUUCUUUUGGUGAAUUUCAGCCUCAUUGUAAUGAAGCGUUUGUUAAUGUUUAUUCGGUAAAAAGGGGUACUUGGAAGAGUGUUGAGAGUUCUCCAUAUAAUCAUGCUGUUAAUGGUCAUCAGGUAUCUGGGGUUUUAGUUGAUGGAUUCGUGCAUUGGCUAGUUCGUAAAGUUUCAGAUAAAUCAGUUGUUAUCGCGGCAUUUGGUUUUGGGGAAGAGAAGUUCCAUGAAGUUCCACUACCUAGUUCGGUUGAUAACAACAACUUUGAUUUUGCUCUUGAUCUUCCUGUGGCGCUCAGAGGGUGUCUUUGUUUGAUUCCUUCGAGUUUGUUUUUCGCAAUUGGUGUAAGUAAUGUCACUGAUGUUUGGAUAAUGAAAGAAUAUGGUGUCGAGAAGUCUUGGACUAAAAUCAAGAUCCUUCAUGAUUACUGGGAAGAGUUUAAGCCUCUGUAUUUGCUAGAGGAGAAAGAAGAAUUGGUGCUAGUUAAGGUUGAGGAGGAGUCUGAUGAAAGAUUGGUGAUGUACAAUAUGAAAGAAGGCACAUUCAAGGAUAUUGUUGUUCGUGGAAUUCCGUUUUAUAACGGAACCCCACGUGCUGUAGCCACCUUCACCGAGAGCCUUGUCUCGCCUCAUUGCUGUGAAUUUGAUGAGGAUGCGAGAGAAUUUUAAGUUCUACUUAAAUUAGUUCCAUGCUUUCUUCUUUAGUUCUUACAUGGUUGUGUUAACUAAGUUUUUCUUACCGUCAUACUAAUGCUGUGUUAACUAAGCUUUUCUCAUGCUAAUGGUGCUAAUUAGCGUUUUUCGGGUAGGCUAAUCUAACUAGUGUUAUGCAAUGCUAUCAGAAGGAAGUCCCUCCUGCUGCAUGUCGAAGUUUAACCUGCAGUUCCUCCAUUAUGCUUAACUCCUAUGAUCUGGUUUGUAAUGUUUCUUCAAUUUCUAAACUAUGUCUUGCUUUCAGAAACCAACACAGAUGGUGUACGUGUGAUCUACCAGUUGGGAUAUGGCUAGAUGAUCUAUAUUAUAGGCAGCCAUUUGCCCUAUUUUGAGUAGUUAGGCUUAUGGCGGCUUAUCAGUCAGA